GCAUUGUACGCUUCUUGUCGGCCCAUCCUCACGAAGAUGAUGAACUCCUCCGACACCACGACAUCCGACACGCCCUUCCAGCCGCUGUCUUCACAGUAUGCGAAAGCAAAACGGCAGUAUCAACAAUGGCUGGACAAAGUCACGCCGUUUGUGCUCUAUCGCUGGCUUGCAACAGCUGGCCUGUUAGCCGUAUUUGUACUGAGAAUCGUGCUGGCUCAAGGGUGGUAUAUCGUAUGCUAUGCUCAUGCCAUCUACUUGCUUAAUCUUCUCUUGGCGUUCCUGCAACCCAAAUUCGACCCAUCGCUGCAAGAAGACCUUCUUGCAGAUGAGAUUGAAGGCGGUGGAGAGGAGACCUCACUUCCGUCAGCACGAGAUGACGAAUUCAGGCCCUUCGUCCGUAGGCUGCCCGAGUGGCAAUUCUGGCUUUCAUCGACCCGUGCUUCAGUCAUUGCGCUCUUCUGUACAUUCUCAGAAGCGUUUGACGUGCCGGUGUAUUGGCCCAUCCUCGUAAUGUACUUUUUCGUGCUCUUCGUGCUCACGAUGCGGAGACAGAUCCAGCAUAUGAUCAAGUACAAGUAUAUCCCCUUUGAUCUCGGUCGCAAGGCACGCUAUGGCUCCAGCAGGUGAUGUCUUGUACGAGUCCGCAUCUAGACGAUCUCAUAGAUCGGGUUUCACUCUUGUGUCAUCUCAUCGAAGUUAUUUUGGGCCAUUUCGUGUAUUCGACGGCGUAAUGUGGAGAAUAAGUUUCGGACCCUGAGCUCAGAAUAACAGUGGAAUGACAGCCUUGCGUUCCUUCGGAUAGUCUGGGAACCUGUUGAGAUACCACUUGUGUCCUCUGUAAGCCCUGGGAAGCAUCAAGAGAACUUCGGUGGUGAAAAAGACGAAUGGUGGUGUGAUGGUCUCGAGGAAUGCUGAGACUGAGACAAAUGAAGGAAGGGGCGAAGCCGCAAGUGCAAACCCGAGCCAUUCAAUCCACUCGCAGAGAUAGUUCGGGUAGGAUAUAAACCGAUAAAGGUAGCCGUAGGGUAUCGCGUAGUGUUCCUGCUUAUUCUUGCCAUUGUCGUCGUCAUCUUGCGCGCGAGCCUUGCCUUUCGCUUUAGCGCUGCGGCGAAGGUUCAGAAGAAUCUCGUCGUGCAAGAUAUUGCCCGCGUAGCCGAAAGCCCAGAGGCCGACGCCUACCCAGAAGAGCGGCCGUGAGAAUGCACCUUCCAGGAACUGAGUGGCGUACGGCGAGGACAGGUAUGUUCCCGAGAGUAAGCCAUUGACGAUAUUGAAUACGACUGCACAGAAAACGACACCGAUGUGGGACUUCG